CCGACAGAGGAUCCAAUGAUCGAAGGAGUGCUGUCAGCAUACUCCAUCGGUGAUUACGUAACUGCGAAUUGCACGUCGGGAAAAUCCAGUCCCACAGCCGUCCUUGCCUGGCAAAUCAACGGCGCCCAGGCAGACACGUGGGUAUGGGAGUACCACGAGGGAGCUGAUGAGACUGACUCACAAGGACUACACACCAAGACAGUGGGGCUGCACUUCCAGAUCCAGAACUCCCACUUCAUCAACAGCGGGGGAGGUCUCAUUUCCAGAAUGGAGAUCCGCUGCACAGCCACCGUGGGUGGCAGGACCCGCCACAAGGCGGUGUUCCCCAGUCUCGCAAGGGCUCUCACCUCCAAUAAACUGGCUCAGGAGAGGUUCCGGAACUCUGCAGGUUUGCUGGUGACGUCAUCGCUGAACAUUGUUUUUGUGUUUCUUACGUCAUUCCAUAUGGUGUAUUCAUCCUGACGUUAGAGCGAAUACAAGGUGAGAAAUAAAAUUUGUGACAUCAUCACCAGUUAUAAUCACAUCAAGAUAUACACAUAAUCAACUAAUUCCCUUCCACACUAAAACAAAACAGUACAUAUUAACGGUGAUUUUGGAAUUUGUUGUACUAUUAGAACUGAACAGUUGCACAGCAACAAAAUUUAGUGCUUGAAUUUCUGAGUGUGUUAAGUACGUGUUCUUGGAGAGGAGAGAGAAUGUGUUGUGUGCUUUCAAAUCAAAUACUCGACAUAUUGAAGUUAUAUUCGAUAAGAAGUAUAAAAUUUUGUCCAUGAUAUGUUAUUGUAAAUAUGUGUUUUUCAUAGGAAAGGACAUUCAUGAAUGAAAAUAUAUGUUUGUUGUGUGAAAUUUGCUUCUUGCAUCAGCUCGUAAUAAUGUUGAAUGUACUACCCUAUGAGGUCAGUAAUAAUAUAUGUAAUUAUUUUAGCUCCGCCUACCAUGUUAGUUCUAGACUUCAAAUUUAUUUGAUGUGUCUGGAAAUCAAAAUGUCAACGGCGCCGUCUUUAUAAAAGGACAUUCUUCUAAAAUUUGAGCACAGUAGUUCUAGGCAUAAGAUGCAAUUCAGAUAAUUAACUAAGGGCACAUGUUGAAGUUCAAUAGAGUCUUCUAAUUUAUAUGGAACAUAACUUAAAUUUACAUUAUUUUUUUCUCACGUCAUAUUCUUAAAUUGUAAACAGUUUAUGUAAAAAAUAUUGUUAUAUUGAGGAAAAAAUAUCUACUCGUAACACAGUGUUAUAGGUGGCUUAUUAAUUCUUAUUAAGAAAAAUUCAGACUCUUUAUAUUAUUCAAAAUAUUUUCAUAUGUUUUAAAACAAGAGUCCUUUUGUAAAGAACCCGCAGAUUAAUAUCUUCUCUAAUUAUGAAAAUUCAUGGAAUAUAAUUGAGAGUACAAGAUUAAGUCCGGAAAAUGAAGACAAUCUUGCUGCGAAAUAUUUAAGUAAUUUAUAUUUUAAAAAUAUUAAAUCAUUUUAAAAUAAGUAAUAUAAUAUUACUAAGUCAUAUAUGUGAAGCAGCACUUAUUACAGCACUAUUCUAUGAAUGGUGGACGGAUUUUUAAAUGUUUAAGUCUCACAAAAAACUUUAUAUUUAAUUUUCAGUUCCUCGCUUAUUUAUAAUACAAAUGUAAUCGGG